AUGUGCUACCACAAAUACACCCACUACACGCACUGUGGCGAACACAUUCCCAUGCACACGCACAUGUGUCCCAAGAACAUCACCGAAGACCAAACGCGAGUCAUAUUCUGCGAAGACUAUCAAGCAGUCCGCGUCGAAGCGAAUGCCGAUUGUCCCCAUUGCGAACCUCUUUCUCAUCCUCAUCAUCAAUACCAACAUCGUCAUCAUCAUCAUCAUCAUCAUCAUCAUCGAGCCGGAUCUUCUCCUUCUUCGUCUUCUUCUUCUUCUGUUGUCGUUGUCCCCGUCACCACACCCAUAAUCUCGGGACGACAACGACAACAACAACAACAACGACAACAACAACAAGGAGGAGGAGGAGGACACUAUCCCACUCCGCCAAAGACCGCUACUCCCGGAUCAACGAGAUGA